AUGACCGGGAAGACGAAGCUUACCGACCCGAAGUCCCUGCUUCAUCACGACAAGCACCCGAGUCGGAUGGAGCAAGUUUUCAGAGCGGCAUACAGAAGCUACUACCCGCAGAGCUUUCACUUCGGCGAGCAGCUUGCGAACCCUCAGUGCCAGGCCGCUGGUGCAGUGCUGUUGGCAAGCUCAAGCUUGGACAACGAUGCCGCCAAGGAGUUGAAGACCCUGCUUCGGAGACUGCCUUCUGCUCAGUCCGAUGCAGAUCUGUUUCCGACGCUUCAGGUGCUGUCUUUGGAUGAUGGCGCUUAUUUGAGCACAGACUUCUGGGACGCCUCCAGGCAAGGGUUCGCAAGACCGACCGGUCUGAAUUAUAUGCGCUCUGCUUCGAUGACGCCACUCACAGCUGUGACGGCAGCGACGGAGGACUUUAAAGGUUUCCUACCGGGUCGUGUCGUCAGCGCCGAUGCGGCGUUGCGUCAGCUGGGUCUUAACCAAAUCACCCAUGUCUCCGUGUUCGACCGGUGUGCAAGUGGGGAGCAGAAGAUGUCCCUGUUCCGACUUCAGUCAGAAGGCAAGGCUCCGGAAGUGUCGAUGGAGUUGGAUGUCUCUGAUCAAUGUCUCAAAGUCCUUGAAGAGCAAAUCGAUGCAGUGGACGUAGUCGUGGUCCCAUCUGGUAAUGCAGAUUUCCUCACGUACGUCUACACGAAGUUUGCUCCCAGCCUCGGGAAGAAGAUUCUGCAACGUGUGAAGAACGGAGACAUGGUCUUUCUUGGCCAGGGUGCUGGGUCCAUCUUUGCAAGCAAGAGCAUUGCAGCCACUGCCGCGCCGAAUCCAUCGAUACUGAAGCACCUGCUACAUGAUAAGAUGGACGGCUUACAGCUUGUGGACUGCGCCUUGCGCCCUUCCUGGGACGAUGAGAAGAAAUGGUGGGACAUUAGCUUACCUCUCCUGGAGGAUGCGAUGCACACUGAGAUCAUAGGCUUGCGAGAUGGCAAU